AUGAAGAACAAAAUACAUAUUGCGAUAGUUUUAGUUCUUUCGCUAGUAGUAGCCGAGGCUAAUAUUGUUAAAACUCAGUUAUCUGGGUUAAGAUGGGGUCAUGGAUUGUCGGCAGAUAUAAACGAAUAUGUUGAUAAAACAGUUAACAUGCUUGUUCCCUUUAUUCAAAACAAUGGCCUUGACCCGAUGCCGUUACCUGAAGUUGUCGAGGGAUUUGAAGUCAAACCUUUACUAGUCACAUACAGUGCGUGGCUUAAGAUCUUCGAUGGCCGAAUGACGGGCCUAGUCAAUUUAUCUCGCGCUGGUGACCAGAAAGUCAACUACUAUGCUAAGAUGCUGCGCGUAAGAGUUGCACUGCAAUUCACGGACCUAGAGAUUAAAUAUAAAUACCUCGUAAAAGUCAUGAAUUUGGGUCCCACAGGCGGCAUCGCAGCUUCUUUGGACCGUUUUGUUGUAAUAGCAGAUGUUCUCAUUGAUUUUAAUAACGACGAAAUACAUCUCCAGCAAUUUUCAUUGACAGACAUUGGACGACUGCGUGCAAAGCUUACCGGCAACGUGCUUACCGAUUGGUUGAUUAAUCCAGUCAUAAAUGUAUUUACAAAAAUAUUUGACACGGUUAUUAUCAAGUAUGUCGAGUGGAACAUUCGCUCAGCUUUACAAAACGGAAUCAAUUUAAUCAACACAAAUCUGCAAGAAUUAAUCAAACACCUUGAAUCAUAUAAUUAA